GGUCAAAGAUGGUGGAUAAAUAAAGAUGUCCCACUCAGGCCGUUGAUCAUUGAAAUAAAAUGUUCAGUUCCGGUCUGCUUAACGUGGUGGCUUUCCAAUGCAUUAGCAGUUUGGUCUGGUCUGUUUGGUUCAUUGACUCUAGAUGAACCAGAACAAUUAGGGAGUGGGAUGUCUCGCUUCCUCUUCCGUCUCUUUCAGAUGACAACAAUCAGAAAUAAGGUAGCUAGCAAAGCUAUUUUCAAAACUUUGCUAGCUUGCUUUUUUUUUUUCCGUGAGCAUUUAUACGAGAAACACAACUUUUUCCUCUCGUGGUUGUCUUCAUAAUCAAGAUAGCUACAUUUGGUGGGUGACAAUCUUACAAAGUAGCAAGGUAACGUUAGCUUAAAGACACGCUAGGCUAUCUUGCUACAACUAUGCAAGCGUAUAAAGGUUACCAACGACGGCGUAAAAAUAUAGCUAGCUCGGUUGUAACCAAAAGUUACACUGCAUGCUAGCAGGAUGUCCAUUUGACCGUAAUAAUGAUGAAUGUAAGGUAAUGGGAAGGUGUUGACCUUAGCAAGGACACACUAGUCAACAAGAUGAAGAACAAAUCUGCGAAAAAACAACACAAAAUCAGGUCUAAACACCAUCGAGACCCCAUCAAAACGGAGUGUGAAACACAGUCAGAACCAGACAUUAGCCAAGCUCCCUCUCCUAACACUAAAGGGGUAACUUCCAACUCCAUCCAAAUUAAAGAGGAACCAGCAGACUUUGAAGUACAGAGUCAUUGCUUGGAUUCUAGAGCACUCCACAAGGAUUCUGGAACCGUCAUAACCAAGACUGAAACAGAUUCCGUUUACAUUAGCCAAGGAACAGUAGAGGUAAAAGCGGAGUAUGAUUCUGAUACUGAAAUACAUAAGGUGGUGGUUAAGAGAGAAACUCAAGUGUGUUUCAUGAAGGAGGAGAAUGUGGGUGAAGAAAACACAGAUGAGGACACCGAAGACGGGAGGGAUACAGACAGCAACAGAGUCUCUUCUCCUCAGUUCUUUCCUUGCACAUACUGCACCAUCUCCUUCACCGACCAUUCCUUCCUGGAGAAGCACAUCAAGUGGAACCACCAGAAGGAGUAUCUGGCCAUGUUGAGAAGCAGUUUUUCAAAGAGCAGUGGAACAGAGACGGUCCCAACACACAGCUGCCUUCACUGUAGCCUCAUGUUCCAAACCCCACGGCUGCUUAGCAUCCACACCCUCCAGAUCCACCCUUCAGCCACUCCCCGGAAACCUGCCCGUCCCCACAGGGUUUCGGUGAAACUCUACACCUGCCCACAGUGUGCCCGCAGAUUCAGGUACCUGGGCAGUCUGCAAAACCACUGUGAGCUUUCACACAAAAUGGCUGUUGUCAGCACCAAUGGACACCUCAGUUGUGCCGAUUGUGGGAAGAGCUUCAAGAAUUGUUGGGGACUGGGACCUCACCAGUGUCACGAACCAGAGGGCACUGAACCUCAGGACAUUAAGCCUGUGGUUUGUCUGGAUGUCGGCUUCCAUUGCUCAGAGUGUGGCAAGAUCCUCUGUAGUCCUCAGAGCCUGAACAUUCACAUGCGCAUUCACACCGGAGAGAAGCCUUAUGCCUGCAAGGAGUGUGGCAAAAGAUUUUCUGAGAGCGGCAGUUUACGCAAACACCUGCUGAUACACUCUGGAGUCAAGGCAUUCAAAUGCCAGGAAUGCGGGAAGGAUUUUGCCCGUAUGAAGGGUCUCAGGAGUCACAUGACCACUCAUUCUGGCAAAAAGCAGUACUCCUGCUCCCACUGUGACCGGCAGUUUGGAUACAAGUCUAGUCUGACCAUUCACCUACGCUCUCACACGGGGGAGAAACCCUUUCACUGCACAGAGUGUGGUAAAGACUUCUCUAUCAAGAGAAACCUGAGGCUUCACCUAAAGAUCCACAACAAUGAGAAAGGCCACCAGUGUGGGGAGUGUGGCCUGAAGGUGAUAGACAUUGGGGCGUUGAAGACACACAUGCGCUCACACACCGGCGAGAGGCCUUACCACUGCACAGUGUGCAGCAAGCAGUUCAUUCGACUGGAACAUCUGAAGAACCACCAGCGCACUCACACAGGUGAGAGACCAUACGUCUGUUCGGAGUGCAGCAAGAGCUUUGCUCAGUCUGGAGAUCUCACUAAACACAUACGCACCCACACUGGAGAGAAGCCGUAUGAAUGUUCUGUCUGCCACGGCUGUUAUACCUCUUCAGGGGAUCUGGGCAAACACAUGAGGAUCCACAAUGGCUCACGGCCCUUUCCCUGCCAGCAGUGUGACAAGAGUUUCCGCUUGGUCGGCCACCUUAAAACUCACAUGAGGACCCACACCGGUGAGAGACCGUACUCCUGCCCCCGCUGCCUCCGGACCUUCGCUCGCACCCACCACCUCUCUGUUCACCUGGCUCAGUGUCGCUGAUUGAUGAUAAUGAUUUGCCUGGUUGUGUUGCGCCUUUCUCAAACUCAUUGCAUUAUGCUUUAUGGGGGUAACUCACCCUUUCCACUACUCCCAAUGUGUAGCCCUUACCUGGGGGAUCAGCCAUAUUUCACCAGAACACUGAGGUGGUGGGGGAGGGGGGUAUUUGGCUGACUAUUACAGUGGACAAACAAGCUGUAGGAAGCAUCAAUUCGAAGGUCUAAGAGCUCCAGACAUUGACACUCCACUAGAUACAGCUAGAUGUUGGGUAGAGUUUUUAGUUGGCAUGCAGUUUCAGAUUUGUUUUCUGGACAUUUAAGGGAUAGUUUACUACAAAAUACAAAUGUGUAUACUUUCCCAAUUACCAUGGCGUUAGGUGUAGAUGAUUCAUCAAAACGUCAAGAUGUGAUUAUAGCGCAAUAAAGUAAGGUAGACGUCUAUCAUGUCAGUUACUAUUUUGAGUGAAUUAUCUCUGUUUUGUGCUAUAUCUAAAAGUCUUGACACUAUUUUACUGAAUGUAUGAUGACAAUUUCUUUCUUAUGAAGGUGAGCAGAUUGGGUCUCUGCAGUACAUACAAGAAACAAAUACUCUUUAUACAGCCUAUGUACUGAACCUAUAACCUACUUUAACUGAUAUUGUUGUCUUGGUGUGUGUGAUAAAUAGUAGUGUUAUCUUGGUGUCUGAUAAAUAGUGUUAUAACUGAUUAAUUACAUUGUAUUUAUUCUAAAAGAUUAGGCAACUGUUAUUAUAAGAAUGUGUCAAUGACUUGAUAUUUACUAAGUCAUUACAUUGACUAAUAAAUAUGAACAACGUUAAGGCUGUUUAACCAAACCUUGCACAAUGCAAUAAAUUAUUUCAAAAAAUU